GAUAUUUUGUAAGUCAACCUGUCUCCGCCAGGUUUGAGUCCAUUAUUACACCCUUACCAACGACAACAGUUUUUCCGGUUUAAUAGGUGGAACUAAAGCACCGUUUUUGUAGUGAGGGGAAGGAUUUGAGGAACGUACUCGUUAGUUUUUAAGUGUUCGCCAGUGUUUUUUGUGUCAAAUAGAUUUGAACGUUGCCGAAAAUAAAUUCGGACGUAUCAGCUGUGCAGUAUCAAUAAGACGGGCUAAAUGUUUUCAGUAACGCAGUUGUGCCGUAUCUGGAGAAAAUCUAGCUUUAAAACUAAGAAGUUAACGCCGACACGUUUGUGGCGGUGUCGCUGGGGUAACUGUGACACAGACCGCGAUAAUGUAUCUCAGCAGCUUAAUCCAGAGGAUCCCCGAAAUAACCAGGUAACAAAAAGGCACAAGAAGCAAAGAACUUUGUGUCAACCAGUGCUUGAUCACUUUGACCAGCAGUACAGUGAGGAACUUGGUGACUUGUGGCCAUAUGCAAGAGAAGUGCUGCUGGACCCUCAGUCAUGGCAGUAUGGCAUCAUGCUCAAUCGCUUCACUGCAGUGACAGGCAUUGCACAGAUUCUUCGAGCCCAGGGCUUUUCCACAUUGUUGCCACAAGCAGAUGUCUCAGUGCUGCAUUCUAAUGGUCCCUCCACGGUGUUAAAUUCUAAAUACCAAGAAGGAAAAGAUACUCUGUCAACUCUCUGCAUUUCCAAGGGCUCUCCAGGUGACCCCCAUCCCCAUCCCCAGUCUGACAACAGCUCCUUUGCACUCGGUCAGGACUCUCAGUCAGAACCCGCCCUCAGUUUUCCUCCUCCUUCAUUACAGUGCUACAUCCACCCGUCCCCCCUGCGAUUUCCCUCUCAGGCUCACAGGCCUGGCCAGCUGAAGCAGUACUACCUCCUCAAUGCUGCAUCCUUGCUUCCAGUGCUGGCUUUGCAAGUCAAAGAUGGCGAAAAGGUUCUGGAUCUUUGCUCUGCUCCUGGGGGGAAAGCCUUAGCCAUAAUGCAAAGUGCGAGCCCAGCGCUUCUCUGCUGUAAUGAACCAGAUCUUCACAGACGGGACUGGCUUGCCAAAACCCUGGAGUCGUUUUUGCCUCACUCACUAAAAAGCAGAGUGAUUGUGUCUGCACAGGACGGACGGUCUUUUGGGCAGAGCGAAGCGGGUUUAUAUGACAAGGUUUUGGUUGAUGCUCCAUGUUCUAAUGACAGGAGCUGGCUGUAUUCGUGCAACAGCCAGCAGGGGGAACAAAGAUUGAAGGAGAGAGCCAGGCUUCCUUCACUCCAAGCACAGCUGCUUAGGUCUGCACUGUUGGCGGUGUGUCCAGGAGGCACUGUGGUCUAUUCAACCUGCACUCUGUCCAGCUUUGAGAACUUUUCUGUGGUUGAGACGGUGCUGAAGGACUUUCCUGAGGCUGAAGCUGAAGACCUGUGGGAGGAGAUUGCCAUUCCUUUAUCUAAAUACUUUACGUUCAGCUCUAACCCCGGACAUGGACAGACAACUCAGGAGGCAACCCCGAAGACACAAGACGCUUCUGUGUCCUUUUAUCGCCACAGACUUGGCAUUCUUGUGGUCCCUCAGCUUGGCAAGUCAUGGGGACCCAUGUUUUUAGCUCGGAUUAGAACACGGAAAUAAAAUCUUACCAUGCACGGGGACAAAAAGUGAAAUGGCAUAACUAAACUUGCACAAUAACUUUGUGCAAAACACCAAAAUUAAAAUUUAGAUUAAAAACACUGCAAAUACGCACAGUGCCUACCUGUGCCAAUUAUGCAAGAGGAAAUAAGCAGCAGCAGUAGUUUAGACACGCAGAUAUAAAGACAUCGGUGUCAAAACAAACGUGGUUAAGAAAGUCAUAAAUGCUCCUGUUUUAACAGUGCAACACCAACCAUCUGCUAAACUAUAAGUGCUGCAGCUACAGUUUUUUGUUGUUUGUAGCUGCUGGCUUCUCUGUGUGUGUGUGGGUGUGUUGCAGGAGAUUUAAGCAAAUAAAAAUAGAACGCUGCUCACAUCAGUUAAACUCACCUCGAGCUAUCCGCAUCAAAGACAGAACUUAGACAAUAUUCCAGUACUUAACACAUGUGAGCAGUAUUUUAUGGCAGUUUGUGUGAAAUAAAGAGAAAAUGGCGUGAAAGCAGCCACCUGAUCACUCACGAGUUUCUUUUUCCACAGGUCCGCUGCCCCCCUAGGCUUAGGAAGGCUUUAUUUUUCAUUUCAGCCAGUUGUUUACUUGUCCACCCUGUAUCUGUAUCAUUUUGGUUCAGUUUCACUGUUUUCACACCAUCAGCUCUUUGUCAGUAAAAUUAUCUAAUUGAAGCAUUUAGCAGCCUCAGAGGGCGACGGUUAACUUGGAAGUGACUCAAUGCACAUUGAAACAAGAGUGAAUACAGGACUUAUUAUAUUUAGUCAGCAGCAAUAUUGCUGCAGAAACUAUAUGUAAAUUAGCAGCAGUCAAAAAAUUCACCGUAUAAGCUAAAAAGCUAAUAAGUUAGUGCCUCCCAGUGACCGCUGCAACAAUAAAAACAAACUGAGUUUUUCUAUAUUAAACAUUAAUGUAUUGUUUACCUCUGAAUCCACCUUCUUUCCAUUCUGCGGUUAACAAGGACGACCACCUUGGUUCAGAGGACAUGCGCACACAUCAGAAAGCUUGUAAAUCUGUAACGCCGCCGUGUUUAGAAAAUAUUCUCCACUCAGCUGCUGGCUAAAAUGAAAAUACAAACCCAAACAGCACUCACACACUCAGACAGAUAUUAAAAAAUGAAGCAACAACACACAUUUCCUGCAGGAGGAACAAAGCUGUCAGAAUUGCAGAAACUGUUGGCAGGUCUGUGUCUGAGUCUGAACUGCUGCUGUUAUUUUCUUGGAAGUGCAGGCGUGUGUCGCAAAGCGGGCUGCAUGGCCAUGACAACAAGGGAGGCACGCACACAUAAAUACCAAUUAAGAAAAUGUUUAUUUAGGAAUUACGAAAUCAUGAUAGCUUAAACAAUGGUGAGUGUAGUAAGCGAGUGAAUUUGUAAAGAGAUGGCAGAUGCAGUUUUGUGCUGCUCAAGCGGAGAACCACAUAGUAACUGAGUGGCUAAGGCUUUCAUAGGCCAGGUGGUCCUAGCCUCUCUGAUUGUGGACAAACCCUAUUAGUACGGGCAGAAAAGAAGCUGCCACCCAGUCAAGCUGAAGGAAACCAAGAUGGAGAGAGCUGAUGAUGUAAGAGUUGUGAUAAAAAACACCUGCACAGUUUAGUCUGUUUGAAGCGACUUUUUAAAUUCCCUUAUAAUGGUAGAGAAUGGGAGUUGACAUAAGAAGACAAGCACCACCGUCUCCAAGCCUUAUUUGCUUUUGACACAAGUCCUCAAAGAAUUUUUCAAGUUUCUGUCUAAACACCCAUACUCAAUGUGAAUGUUGGAUGUUGUCAAAGUAAUGCAAAAACAAGUCCAAAUGUUUGCCGACUCGACCAGAAACUAAAGUUUUUCUGUCUGAGAGAUUUGUUUAAUAGCCAGGAAGAGCAGUAAUGAUCAAAUUAACACAGUUUCUCUGUUUAUUUCUGCUAUUGCUCUACGGCACUGUCCAGAAAUAAUCUCAUAUGUGCUGUCAUACACCCCUUUAGUGUUACUGUUGCAUUUUGCAGUGAUGUAUUACCUGGGAGGACUUUUCUUGUGUGAAAAGUAGAUAUUUCAUGAAAGAUUUGUAGCUUCUCAUCACCCUGUGAUUGCUCAGAUCAGAAGAAAAAGGUGUAUUGGCAGUAAACACAGACAAUAAUAUACAAAAAGUCA